GGGACAAAUGGGACAAACGCCUGGUCUUAGUCGAUUUUCUAGUCGGCAGAUAAAAGAAGCGGCGAUAACCAGUGAUCAUCAUGGCCAAGCGCCGCAACGAGAACGGCCAGAUGCGCCGCGAGGAGUACGAGGCCGCCGAGGACCGCGACCCUCGCGAAGACGACACGGUCGUUGGCUUCGGCAUGACGCGCGCCUCCGACACCGAGAUCUCCAAGCGCCGCAUUGUCAUGCCCAAGGGCAAGCGUGCUGCGCCUGCGCAGGCCGCGCCCGCCGCCGCGCCAGCGUCGAGCAACCCGUUCAGCGGCUUCACCGGCCUGACGCAGGCGGCCCCCGCACCGUCGGCGAACCCCUUCAGUGGCUUUACAGGGCUCACCAACCCGACGCCCGCCGCCAAGCCCGUGGCCGCAAAGGCACCUGCGGCGCCUCUGUCGAACGACUGGGUCAAGACAACGACGUCGGGUCUCUCGCGCGACGCGGCGCUCGGCGCCGUCAUGGAGGUGCUCAACAAGGAGUUCUUUGCCUUCGUGAGCCAGCAGGUGGUCGAGAACCCGAUGACGUUCUGGAAUGGCGCCGUCCAAGACUACAUCCGCCAUGCCCACGAGCUCGAGGCCAAGGUGGCCGCGCUGCACGCGCCGGCCAAGAAGAUUGCGGCGCCGUCGACUAGCGUGUCGUUUGGUGCGACGGAAAAGACAUUGUCCUCUGGCUUUUCCGUUGGCGUCACGCCGACAACGUCGAAUGACAAGCCCUCGACGGGCCUCUCGUUCGGUGCGGCCCCGACCUCGACGACGACGACGACGGGCUUCUUGUUCGGUGCGGCUGCUCCGUCUGCUACCACGUCGAGCCCGGCCAAGCCGGCAACGACGACUGGCUUCUCGUUCAGCGCGGCCGCUCCGUCUGCUACCACGUCGAGCCCGGCCAAGCCGGCAACGACGACGGGCUUCUCGUUCAGCGCGGCUGCUCCGUCUGCUACCACGUCGAGCCCGGCCAAGCCGGCAACGACGACGGGCUUCUUGUUCGGUGCGGCGGCUACGCCCGCAAGCCCAGCCAAGCCUGCGACGUCGUCUGGCUUUACCUUUGGCUCGACCACCACAACGUCGAGUCCGGCACCUGCCGCGACGACAAGCCCGGCAAAGCCGACGUCAAGCUUUACCUUUGGUGCGACGCCGGCUGCCUCGGCCAGCACAUCUGCGUUUGCGACGGCGCCGGCUUCGUUUUCUUUUAGUGGUGCACCUGCACCUGCGCCGUCGAGCUUUGCGUUCAACUUGCCCAAGGCGGCACCGGCACCGGCGGCCACGGAGGACGAGGACGACGAGAACAUUGGUCGGGAAGAGGCGACGGUCAUCAUCAAGUCGUCCUCGGAAGCCGACGAAACAGUCUUGUAUGAAGUGGACGCGAUUCGCAUCCGUCACUUUAAGACGGACGCUAAGACGGGCGAGAAGCGCUGGGCCGACAUUGGCCGUCACCCGUUCAAGAUUCUCCAGAACAAGACGACCAAGGCCUCACGCAUCUUGUCGCGCAACUCGAUUGGCAAGAUCGUGAUCAACGCGGCGCUGUACAAGGGCCUCGAGGUCACCGUGACGUCCAACAAGAAGAGCGUGAUGCUGACCUUGCUCCACGAUGGCGAGCCCACGAGCAUGCUUUUGGGUAUUGCGGCGGAUCGUGUUGAGGAGCUCAAGGCCAAGAUCGAAGGCGCGUGCCCGCAGUAAUAAUCCCGCAAUGCACG